CCAAUCAGAUCCAUCUUUACGACGUCGUUUCCAACUCUCGAGCCCUAGGUAGAAGGCUCCUCUCUCUCUCGAGUCCAAAAUUCUAAGACGGGCUUCGCCUUCCUCACCUCCGAUCUCAGAUCUUACUUUUCCCAAAUUGCCCCUUCCUCUUCUCACAUUUCCACUGUUCCGAGAUGGCUAUGAUUGACGAGCCUCUGUAUCCAAUUGCGGUUUUGAUCGAUGAGCUAAAGAACGAGGACAUUCAGCUUCGAUUGAACUCGAUCCGGCGGCUCUCAACGAUUGCUAGGGCGCUAGGAGAGGAGAGGACUAGGAAGGAGUUGAUUCCAUUUCUGAGCGAGAAUAAUGAUGACGAUGAUGAGGUGCUUCUUGCGAUGGCUGAAGAAUUGGGGGUAUUUAUUCCCUAUGUCGGAGGUGUUGAGCACGCGAAUGUUCUGCUUCCUCCAUUGGAGACCCUCUGCACUGUUGAGGAAACUUGUGUGAGGGACAAAGCGGUGGAGUCGUUAUGCAGGAUUGGAGCUCAAAUGAGGGAGCCAGAUUUGGUGGAAGCCUUCAUUCCAUUGGUGAAGAGAUUGGCUGCUGGCGAGUGGUUUACUGCUCGAGUUUCCUCAUGUGGAUUAUUUCAUAUUGCUUACCCCAGCGCUCCAGAGACAUUAAAAACUGAAUUACGAGCAAUAUAUAGCCAGCUGUGUCAAGAUGACAUGCCAAUGGUGAGGAGAUCUGCUGCAUCAAAUCUGGGAAAGUUUGCUGCUACUGUUGAAGCCGCUCAUUUGAAGGCUGACAUCAUGUCAAUAUUUGAGGAUCUGACACAGGAUGAUCAAGAUUCUGUUAGGUUAUUGGCUGUUGAGGGUUGUGCAGCUCUCGGAAAGCUGUUGGAACCUCAAGAUUGUGUAGCACAUAUUCUUCCCGUAAUUGUGAAUUUCUCUCAGGAUAAGUCUUGGCGUGUUCGCUAUAUGGUUGCAAAUCAAUUAUAUGAGCUAUGUGAAGCUGUUGGUCCUGAGCCUACCAGGUCAGACUUGGUUCCUGCAUAUGUUCGGUUGCUUCGUGACAAUGAGGCUGAAGUACGCAUAGCAGCUGCAGGAAAAGUAACAAAGUUUUGCCGGAUUUUGAACCCAGAACUUGCAAUUCAGCAUAUUCUUCCUUGUGUGAAGGAAUUAUCAUCAGAUUCUUCCCAGCAUGUUCGUUCUGCUUUGGCUUCAGUUAUUAUGGGAAUGGCACCUGUUUUAGGAAAGGACGCAACAAUAGAUCAACUUCUGCCCAUUUUCCUUUCUCUGCUUAAAGAUGAGUUUCCGGAUGUCCGACUGAAUAUUAUCAGCAAGCUUGAUCAAGUAAACCAGGUGAUUGGAAUUGAUCUGCUGUCUCAAUCCUUACUGCCGGCCAUUGUUGAGCUUGCUGAGGAUAGACACUGGAGGGUUCGGCUUGCAAUAAUAGAAUACAUUCCUUUACUAGCAAGUCAGCUGGGUGUUGGUUUUUUUGAUGACAAGCUUGGUGCUCUUUGCAUGCAAUGGUUAAAAGAUAAGGUUUAUUCAAUUCGUGAUGCAGCUGCUAAUAAUGUGAAGCGCCUUGCAGAGGAAUUUGGCCCAGAUUGGGCAAUGCAGCACAUAAUUCCACAGGUUUUGGAUAUGAUUAACAACCCACACUAUCUGUAUCGGAUGACCAUCCUCCAUGCAAUUUCUCUCCUUGCCCCUGUUAUGGGCCCAGAAAUUACAUGCUCGAAACUUCUGCCAGUGGUCAUUAAUGCAGCAAAAGACAGGGUACCCAACAUAAAGUUCAAUGUGGCUAAGGUGUUGCAGUCACUUACUCCUAUAGUGGACCAGUCUGUGGUAGACAAGACAAUUCGUCCCUGUUUGGUUGAGCUGAGUGAGGACCCAGAUGUUGAUGUUAGGUUUUUUGCAAGCCAAGCACUACAGGCAAGUGAUCAGAUCAUGAUGUCUAGCUAGGUGGUGGUUGUUAUUAGGAAUUUUUUCUUAACUCUUCCUUAUUUUGUUUUCCUGAUUUGGAAGUCCAAUUAACUCAAAAGGUACAUGUAAUGUCUUACCUGAGGUGCUUUCAGUAAGACAAUUUGAUGUCUUUAAUGUGAUGAGUGCUUUUGUAUUAUGAGAAAACGUGCUUCUACAUGUUCGUGAUUUUAGCAGGUGUCCUAGUCCUAGUCCUAGUCCCUAUGUUAAAUAGCCUUUGCCCCCAUGUAUCAUUAUAUCCUUUCAUAAUAUGGUGCUUUAAUCACA